UUUUGGGCGUGUUCCGAUGAAAUGUUUUUGUUCCAAAUUCAAACUGGUCGGUUGGGAACGGAGUUUUUGAGAGUCCGUAAAUCAGGAAGUUACAAAAUUGACCAACCGGGUCCCAAUAAAUUUAGCGUGGCCGCGCCUUGUGCCGCAUAAAGCAAAUAAUUUUAGCCUUUUUAGAUUAAAAUAUUUAACAUAUUUUAAUUUCCGACACAAAUGCAUUUUUGGCGUUCUUUAAUCAAGCAAUCUACACGUGCAGCUAUAAUUAUUCUUCCAAUAAAACUUUCAGUUGACAGCGGAGUUUGGUCAACGAAUGCGGAGAAAGGCGCUUCAUUGUAUUCUCGUUUAAAAUCUGAUGUUAUUCCUGGAACUAUUGUUUAUUUUGAAGAGAUGCCCUCCUUUUCUGAUGCAAAAUUGUCGUUAGUCAAAAAAUGGAAUGGAUUUGUUAAUUGUACGUUUGCAAGUGCCAAUCGAGCUACGAGAAUGUUUGAGAGGAAGGAAUGA